AUGUUCUCCAAGACCCUCGUCCUCCUCGGUGCUCUCGGCCUCGUCAGCGCGCAGAGCUUCACAAACCAGAACAUGACCCAGUUCAGUCCUUCGAACAAGACCCUCGCAUGCGGUCAGACGCACUCUGAUACUGAAUACGUCGUCGCUCUUCAGGCUACUAUCUGGAGCGGAGGUUCUCUGUGCAACAAGACCAUCAACAUCAGCAAUGGCAAGGGUCUCUCUACGAACGCCACUGUGGUCGACGAGUUCUUCACUGGAAACGCCGAGGACCUCGAGUUGGCGCCGAGCCUGUUCAGGUUCCUGACGGGACCCGGCGUCGACGUUCCCAACGUCGACUCGUUCUUGGCGGACUGGAGCUGGGUCAACUGA